UUAAGCUACAAAAAAACAUCAAGAAACAAUUAAACGAUAAUUAUAAUGAGGAAAAAGUCAAAAUGUCUAACAAUAAUACCAGUUCAAGUAGAACCUCGAUUUUACGAUCUCCACAAGAGCGCAAGGAAAUUUUGAGGAAAAUGAUAACCAGAGCAGAAUCUCUUCAAGAGAUAGUCGAUGAUAAUACAAUAGUAACUCUGGAAACAUACAUGGAAGAAGCUGAUACCAUAAACUCUCAAACAACACUAGAAGAAAAAAUACAUAAUCAGGAGGAAACAUUAAUGGAUUCGGAAAUGAUGAAUAUAUCUUCUAAAGUUCUGAAACAAUGUACUCGUAGUCUAACAAGGUAUAUGUGUUCUUAUGAUACAGCCGAAUUUGCCCAAAAAGUGGUACAACAUGUAAAGCAACUUCCAAAUUUCGAGUCAGAAACACCAGACUGGUCACUUCUAGAAAACCAAGUGACAAAAUGUUUUAAAACAACACCUGACUACAGCACAUUAUUAGGUACUUUGGCACCUUUAGAAAAGAAGGAAAUUAAUAGAAGGAAACCAUUGGUUAGAGAAGCUCAGGCACAGAUAAGAAGGCCUGAAAAUGUUGUAGCUGUUGAUAAAGAGGAGGAAGGUUUAGAACAGACUGUGAAAAUGAAAGAGUUUAUUACGCGAUAUUAUAAAACCCAUCGUAAACCUCUCGAUUUCUUUCAACUGAUUUUGCACCCUAGCGACUUUGGAAAAACUAUUGAAAAUAUUUUGCAAACGUCUUUUCUGGCCAGAGAUGGAAAAAUAAAAAUAACUAAAAACAGCUCUGGAAUCCUAGUUGUUCAACCGUCUACGAAAGAGAUGAUGGCUCAAACGAACGCAGGAAAGAAUCCAAACAUUCAGAACGUUGUCUACCUAAAUAUGGAGCAAUGGAGGAUGCUGAAAGAUACUUAUCGGUUAGAGAAACCUAUGAUUGAUUUUGAUAACAGAUCGUGACAUUUGAUUCGACUAUCAUUUGUAACAAAAGUGAACAGUAUUUUAUACCCCACGAUAUGCAAUUUUUGAAAAUCGUAAAUUAUUCUGACAAUGAGUAAAAUGA